UAGCGAGGCGUCUUCCGAGGGGACAAUGGCCGAACCUCUCCGAUGAGCCUCAGCCCAGCGGGCUCCCUCCUGACAAUUCCCAAUUUGCUUCCCAAAUUAACGUCAGGGGAUCGGAUUGGAGCUGCGGCACCGGCUGUCCCGGAGCGGUAAAUGGGGUUUUCCAUCCAUGGGAGCCCCCUGUCCGAGGCCCGCUCCCCUGGCACGGCUUGCCCUUGUGCUCCUCCAAGGAGGUUUACAAACGAGGACCACCUGGCGGUUCAUAAACACAAGCAUGAGAUGACAUUGAAAUUCGGCCCUGCUCGAACCGACUCAGUCAUCAUAGCAGAUCAGACCCCGACCCCGACUCGGUUCCUGAAGAACUGCGAAGAGGUGGGACUCUUCAACGAGCUGGCCAGCUCCUUCGAGCACGAGUUCAAGAAAGCCGCCGAGGAUGACGAGAAAAAGAGCGCUGGAGCCCUGGACAUGUCUCUGCCCUCAACCCCAGACAUCAAAAUAAAGGAGGAAGAGCCGGUGGAGGUGGACUCUUCCCCCCCAGACAGUCCUGCCUCUAACCCGCCGUCGCCGCAGAGCAAGGAGAAGGAGAUCGCCUCCAAGCCCGUCAUCGUCUCGACGCCCACCCCGACCAUCGUGCGCCCGGGCUCGCUGCCUCUGCACUUGGGCUACGACCCCCUGCACCCAACGCUGCCGUCCCCAACCUCCGUCAUCACCCAGGCUCCCCCUUCCAACAGGCAGCUCGGGUCGCCCACGGGUUCCCUUCCGCUUGUCGUGCAGCUUCCCAACGGGCAGACCAUGCCUGUCCUCCCGGGCCCUCCUGUGCAGAUGCCGUCAGUGAUAUCGCUGGCUCGGCCCAUGUCCAUGGUGCCCAACAUUCCCGGUAUUCCUGGGCCUCCCAUCAACAGCAGCGGGUCCAUCUCGCCGUCGGGCCUUCCUGUGCACUCGGAAGCCAAAAUGAGGCUGAAGGCCAGCUUGACGGCGUCUUCCUCGCUCAACGGCAGCAACCUGGUGGUGGGCUCAGCCAGCACGAUGGUGACCGCGCGCCCGGAGCAGAGUCAGAUCCUUGUCCAGCACCCCGACGCCCCCUCCCCGGCUCAGCCACAGGUUUCCCCUGCCCAGCCCACGCCCAGCACCGGCGGGCGGCGGAGACGCACGGUCGACGAAGACCCCGACGAGCGCCGGCAGCGGUUCCUGGAGCGCAACCGUGCCGCCGCGUCCCGCUGCCGGCAGAAACGCAAGCUCUGGGUGUCUUCCUUGGAAAAGAAAGCCGAGGAGCUCACGACCCAGAACAUCCAGCUGAGUAACGAAGUCACGCUACUGAGGAACGAAGUUGCUCAGCUGAAGCAGCUCCUGCUGGCUCACAAGGACUGCCCCGUCACUGCACUACAGAAGAAAACACAGGGCUAUCUUGAAAGCCCGAAGGAGAGCUCGGAGCCCACCGGCUCCCCGGCUCCCGUCAUCCAGCACAGCUCCGUCACCGCCUCCCCCAACGGGCUCAGCGUCCGCUCGGCGGCCGAAGCCGUCGCCACCUCGGUGCUCACGCAGAUGGCGAGCCAAAGGACAGAACUGGCCGUGCCGCUGCAGCCGCACGUCAUCAUGGCCCCACAGUCGCAGUCUGCCGGCAGAUGAUGGCGCAGCCCCCGCGCGGGACACGGAGCGAAGCAAAGCGCGGACUCUGGCCGUCCCCGAGUCCCCGAGCGGUGGGGACGGAGAUGGAUUUAUUUUUUUUCUUCCUUUUCUUUAUUAUUAUUAUUUUUUUUUUUUUUAAAGUGAGUUAAGGGCAGCUAUACGGCGCUUCUGACACUGCAUAGCCUGUACAGAUCCCGGCCCCGAACCGCUGCCGUGCGCGCGCCCACCCGUCCCUGCCGGACGGCUUCGCACCGAGCGCGUUCUCGAGCCUCCAUCACCGUGCGGAGCCACCCGGAGCCUCACUUUGAAAGCACCUGGGAAGGUUUGCUUUCAGGUAUCAGUUCCAUUAACACUAAACCUCCGUGCUCGGCGGAUCCCCGUGGCGCUCUCGCUCGUCCCAGUCCCCCCCCACCUUCCCUCGCCCUCCGCUCUCAGCAAAGGAAAACGCAGCUCCUGGGAGGCUGUGACAUUUAGUCGUGCUGUCAGUGUAUUUUAUUUUUAACAGCGUGCUGCUUCCAGGCAUCUGCUCUCCCCCCCCUCCACCACGUCUCUAGCUACCUGAAACAUUGCACCUUCGGACGAGGAAACCUCCUUGAGCUCCGAGGUUGAAGGGAUCGAGGUCGCUCUCCUCGCGGUAACUCGCAAGA